GAUCUCUUCAUGCCAAUUAAAAGCCAUGAGUUUUCUUCGUGAGGUGGAAGUUUUCUCGGUGGACAAGCUCAAAUCUGUUCGCACUAGAAUUACUACAUCCGAGGGGAGAAAGUUUAUAGAACACAAGAAUGAGGAUGGGAGUCUUCUUGCUGUAGAUACUGGAGAGAGAUGUCUGGGGUUCUGUGAGGAUGUUGAUCCUGAUGACAAGGUUUAUAAAGUGCAGGAGAACUUAUUUAUCAGCUCACAAGAUGGAGCACAAAAUAUGGAAGAACUAAGAAGAAAUAACAUAACUCAUAUACUGAAUGUUGGAACUGGAAUAAAGAAUGCAUUUCCUGAGGAGUUUGACUACAAGACUGUUGAGACAUUGGAUUUGCCAGAAAUGCAAAUUUGUCAUUACUUUGAAGAAAUGUUUGAUUUUAUAACAGAUGGUUUUAAAAAUGGCGCUGUUCUGGUUCACUGCAAUGCCGGUGUAUCCCGUUCUGCAGCGGUCGUUCUUGGAUACCUGAUGUCAUCAAACAGAUUGUCAUUAGAGGACGCCAUGAAAAUUCUUCGACAGGCCAGACCUUGCGUGAAACCAAAUGAAGGAUUUCUGUGCCAGCUGCAAGAUUACCAAAAACAACUUGGGCUAUUAUGAUACUUUGAACAGUGAUGAACCUAGUCAGAGAAUAAUAUUUUAUCAAAUAGCAAUUUAAGACUGAGUUAUUAUGUAUGUUAGUCUUAAUUGAAAUUAGUCGAUAUUUUUAAUAGUUCUUUGAUUAAAUCUCCCUGGAGCGUGAAACGUGUCAUAAAAUCAUCUGUAUACAAAUGUGAAAACAAUAAAUAUCAAUACUACUUCAAAAUACUGACAUUCAAUGUUACUGUAUUCGCUGAUUCCUUCUGUUUAGUUACAGCAGUUCAUAUUUCAGUCGAUUCAAGUAGUUUAGUCUAUUUUCUUGUUGUUUAGCCUGCCAAUACAGCCACUUUUCACCAAUCCUCCUUUGGGCAUUGAUGAGUUUUCAUAUAAACGUGAAAGAAGCCGGGGGCGACGAAAACGCCUUCAAACGGUAGGGAAAACGUUAACAAACAGUAGAAAGAACGAUUAUAAACAGUAGAAAAACGCUUAUAAAUAGAAAAACGCUUACAAACGGUAGAACAACGCUUAUAAACGGUAGAAAAACGCUUACAGAUGGCAAGAAAAACGCUUGUAAACGGUAGAAAAACGCUUAUAAACAGUAGAAAAAUGCUUAAAAACGGUAGAAAAACGCUUAUAAACAGAAAAACGCCAAUAAACGGUAGAAAAAUGCUUAUAUACAGUAGAAAAACGUUAAUAA